AUGUGCGAGACGCAUGGGGUGCAACCAGGAAGCGGAGUCACACUUGCAGGCCCUGUGGCCUUUUUGACACGCAUUCUCGUUUUUUUUUUGUUUGCUUCUUGCUCUUUUCUUUCUCUGUGUGAGGCUAUUCGUUCUUGCUUUCUUACCUUGCUUUCCCGCAGCUUAGUUUCUGCCUUGUGUGGCUGGCUGGCUGGCUGGCUGGCAAUGCUGCCACACCCCAUCCUCGCCACCGAAGACGACAAGGAUUAUAUUCAGCGUAGCAUCCUCUCUCUGCCGGACCAGGUGGAGAGUUUCUUUACUCUCUUGGAGCUAGUCUGCCUGGAAGGGAAGAGCGAAGAAACCCCGGCCGCGCACACAAAGCUCCACUCCAUACAAGCGACGCUGAAGUUGCUUGGGACAGUGCCUUCGUCGGCGUUCAGACAAACGGGCCCCAAGUUGACAGCCGAGCAUGAGCUUCCCAGGUGUCUGGAGCGGAUGAGACGCCUGUUUCGCGAUGUUGUUGCCGUUGGGCCAGAGACUCUGGCGUGGAAAAAGCACGUGAUGCGAAUGUCGCAGGAAGCCGCACAGCUUGCACAACACACACAGGUUAGUUUUCCCUCCAUCUCUCGCCUUAUACGAAAAGGGGUUACGCGUGAUUCUGUUUUGUUUACACUGCUCAUCAUCCUCUUUCUCACUUCCCUUAUACUGGCUCUCGUCUCAAUGGUCGUUAUUCCUUGCAUUAGGCCUCCGCGUUUUGUGGGGGCGAUGGUGGGGGCCUUUUCGGCUCUCUUUUUGUUGACCUCCAGUGGGUUGAUCCUGUUUUACUUUGUAACGUCGGUAAGGGCCCUGCAGGAGCUGUUUGAUAGAAUGCUUGCGGAGCGCAUGCAGGCGAACUCAUUUCGUCACCCAAAGCGUGGAAACGCGGAUGACACAUCCGCGCCGAACGUGACGCUAGCCCCCUCGCGAGUCAAACGCGGUCGGGACACAAGGAGAGGGUACUACGCCAUUCCCUAUAACGAUUCUGUAGGAUACAUUGAGGGAAAGCACGUGGACGCGCAUGUCGUGAUGAUUGGAUUUGAUAGAAAGUACCUCAUUACUCGAUGGAACCUGGCGGCAGAGGCGAUGACAGGGUUUCUGGAAAGUGGCUGCAUCGGCAAGCCACUUUCCGACCUGCUCAUCACACCAAGCGGCGACGUUGCAUACGACCUGUCCAUGCUGCAGGCGUCCAAGGGGGAUGUGCUAAAAGUCAAACUACGCGCCUUUGCGACGGCGCCAGUGACACUCUGUACUAUUGCAGCCCCCAUUGUGAGUCUUGCUGGGGAAACCAUUGGAAGUAUUCUGAUCUGCGCAAAUGCAAAGGAUAACCUGGGAACGUUUUGUUCCUACCUUCGUGACUACAUAACGUCCGAAGUAAACCUCUCUCUCUCCGAAUUGGUUGAGAAGGAUGCCGUAAAACCACGGGGACAGGUUGCCGUCGGUUUUCUGCAGUCCUUUAUUGCGUGCUCCUUGGACAAACAGGUGCAGGAAAUGGCCCGAGAGAUGCUUACAGAGUGGGAAUGGACGACGGCAGAGCAGUUGCUUGGACAGGCUCUUCGAUCUUCCUCCUUACACCACGAAACGCAGGUGGGUUAUACGUUUCCCGCCACCUUCUGUCUGCAUCCAACGGUGGCUAAAACGAUUUCUACUGCGCUGAACACCAUGGGAGUUUCGUGUGUGGUUAACUUACAGGUGCUGAGUCACACUUUGAACGUCUUAGCUUUAGCUGUGACGAUUACCCCGCGUCACAGGAGGAGUGGAUCGUGUUUCUCCGACGAAGAGUUGCGAAAUAGUAUUACGCCACUCUUACGCGGCGUUUGUGGAAACAUGUGCUGUGCUGGUAAUAAGAUCAGUCUUCGCUUUCCGUGCCAGGUUACAGCCUUCUUGGAGGACGGCGAAGACGCCUUUAAGGCCUUUGAGCCACGCGGGGAGCAGUCUAUUAUUGACCAAGCGCGUGCCAUCGUCAACUGCACGGUUAACGUGCUGGUGCUGAUUAUGGAUCUGGUGGAGCAGCACAAUCUUUCCAUGACGCUGCUUAAGACGAUGUUUGUUUCCCUGACAAGUGUCCGCACGCGAGAUAAUUUGGAGCAACGUCUGAAGGCGGCCCCAAACGACGUCGACGUCAUUGUCUGCGAUCGUGGCUGGCUUAAUUCAGCCCGUGACCUCAUUGUCUCUCCGGAUCAUGCGGCCAUUGUCGUUCCUCUUCUUGACUCCGGUGUAUGCUUUGCCUCGCCGGAGUUCCAGUACGUCAUUCACUCCCCCAUUUCUGGUAAUGAGGUGCGGAAGGUUCUCAUGGACAUCGGCAAAGCUGUAUCCCUGCGAAAGAAUGCAGCCACGGCGCAGGAGGAGCGGGAACGCAUCUUGACGCUUCGACAAGACUCCCCGUGGACGAAGGGAAAGCUGCUCGGUCGCGGCUCCUUUGGCGCGGUGUAUGAGGCGACGAGCGACCUGACGGGUGGCAAAAUGGCGGUGAAAAUGUUUUACUUCUCUGCGGACUGCGAUGCGUCUAUUAACAAGUUGCUCAAUGAAAUUAGAAUUAUGUGCAGUUUGAAUCACCCAAACAUUGUUCAUUACUUUCACUGUGAGCGUAAAGAGAAUAACAUUAAUCUGUUUAUGGAGCUCUGCGACGCCUCGUUGGGCGACAUCAUUAUCGGGCGGACCCCCGUCCCGGCGACCCUCACCGUGCUGCAGAUUCUUCGUCAGGUCCUCACCGCACUCACCUACCUGCACGUGCGCGGUGUGGCGCAUCGCGAUGUGAAGCCGCAAAACAUCUUACUGAAAGGAGACACGAUCAAGAUUACAGACUUUGGUACCGCGCGCGAGGGUCAGGCGAGUAAGGACGUGGAGGGCACUUUGCGCUACAUGGCCCCGGAGGUUUGCAGGGGCGAGCCGCAUUCUAGUCCAUGCGACAUUUGGUCCGUCGGCUGCCUGGCGUGUGAGCUAUUUUCUUGCCCUCCCAGGUUCAUGGACAACUCCCUGGUGCUGGCAGAGAUGGCGUCCGCCGCCCCGUAUUUAGCGAACCUCACAAUCAGCGUGACCCUCAACGACUUUUUGCGAAAAUGCUUUCAUGAUGACCCUGAGCGGCGUCCAUCUGCGGCGGAUCUCCUGCUACACUCAAUUUUCUCACCCGCCUGCAGCGCUGAGGUGGAGAGCCUUCCCACUGUUUUUAGGAAGGGCCCACCGCGAGACAAUAACUUUUCCAUCACGUCUCAAAAAGACUAG